AUGUCCGUCAGCAAACUCACCACCUGCCUCUGGUUCGACGGCCAAGCCGAAGAAGCCGCCUCGUUCUACACCUCUAUAUUCAAGAACUCCAAGAUUACGGGGCGCCACUACUUCCCCGAAGUCGGCAAGGAGUUACACGGGCGCAAGGCCGGCAGCCUCAUGACUAUCGAAUUCGAGCUCAAUGAUCAGAAGUUCAUCGGCCUUAACGGUGGGCCUUACUUUAAAUUCACCGGGGCAAUCUCUAUCAUGGUUAACUGCAAGGACCAGGCCGAGGUCGACUACUACUGGGACAAGCUCGGCGAGGGCGGCGAUAAGAGCAAGAGGCAGUGCGGCUGGCUAGCGGAUAGGUUCGGCCUGUCGUGGCAGAUCGUGCCUGACGAGUUCCACAAGAUGCUGAACAGUCCAGAGAUAGAGAAACGGGACCGUGCGUAUCUUGCUAUGAUGCACAUGGAGAAGCUUGACGUGGACGGGCUACUCAAGGCUUUCGAGGGGGAAUAA